CCAAGUGUGCUCAGGGGACGACCAGCCAAGGCGCAACAAGAGACCCAGCCGCUAAGUAAGCCCAGCCUCUCUGCCCGCCCUAUAGGCUUCUUCGGCCGAGCUCCAGCCCCGCUCUCCGACCUCUGGAGUGUUGAAGGGAAGGGUGGCUGUGCCUGUCCCAAACGAGCUGCUCUCAAAAUCUUCCGCCCCCGCUUCGGCGCUGUUUCUGCAUGGUUCUGCUGGCGCCGUCGCCAUGACGGGCUCCCGUUCGUUUUCGCUGACGAAGUUCGGGCUGAGCCCGCUCUCCGCCUCCGUCACUCUGGCUGUGCUGGUUACGGUGGGAAUGGCCGCGGCUUGGUACUGGCGAUGGAGGGACCGGCGAAGGCCGCUGCGGUUGAAGCAGGUGGGCACGGUGUCCGGGCUUUUCAUCUAUCCGAUCAAGUCUUGCAAAGGCGUAGCCGUGCAGCAGGCCGAAGUGACGAAGUUGGGGCUCCGGGACGGAGAUCUGCGCGACAGAUGUUGGCUUGUGAUAAAGGAAGAUGGACACAUGGUGACUGCUCGACAGGAGCCUCGACUAGUAUUGGUCUCUAUCACCAGUCAAAAUGGCUAUUUGACUCUGAGUGCUCCAGAAAUGAACGACUGUCGUAUUCCAGUCAGAUUGUCAACCAAAAAUCCAGUACGGGAUUGCAGACUAUUUGGCUUUGACGUUCAAGGCAGAGAUUGUGGAGAAGAUGUCGCUCAAUGGAUUACAGCCUACUUAAAGUCAGAACCAUAUCGCUUGGUUUGUUUUGAACCAAAUAUGAUUCCGAGGAAUUCAAAAGAUUUAAUGGAACCUUUUCGUCCCACUGAUAAGGUUGCCUAUUCGGACUGUAGUCCUGUCAUGCUCCUCUCGGAAGCUUCUUUGGAAGAGCUUAAUUCCAGAUUGGAGAAGAAAGUUCAAAUACAUAACUUCAGGCCAAGCAUUUUGGUCACUGGGUGUGGUCCUCAUGAGGAGGACACCUGGAAUGAUAUUAUAAUUGGAAGCGUACAAAUGAGAGGGGCAGUGGCCUGUCCCAGGUGUGUUCUUACAACAGUUGAUCCAGAUACUGGCAUCAUAGACAGAAAAGAACCUCUUAAUACUUUGAAAAGUUACCGCUUGUGUGAGCCUUCUGAAAAGCAUAUAUACAAAUCAAGCCCUCUGUUUGGAUGGUACUUUGGAGUUGAUAAAACAGGAACACUUAAGGUUGGAGAUCAGGUUUACAAGAUCAUGUGGUGAUAGAAAUUUCCAAAUGGAAAUGCAUUUUUGACAUCUUUUAAAUAUCUUUUUUGAAGCUGCUAUCUUUCUAAUGAAAAUUUUCUAUCCUUAAUCUAAGAAUACUUUCUGUAACUUUUUAAAUGCAGUUAUAUUGGUGAUAAAUAAAGGAUUUUCUGCUUUCUAGAAUUGAGUCAAAAACAUUGUCGUGAUUCAACUCUCUAUAGUAAUUAAUACAUCAUGAUUAUGGAAAGUUUAUGAAAGGUAAAACGAAGUAUGAGCCAUCAAUGUGAUGUGCUGCAAAGAAGACAAAUGCAAUUUUAGACCACAUCAAGCUGACGUAUAAUUUCCAAAUCAUGGGAUAUAUAAUCAGUCCACUAUGGUUUUUCUCUGGCUCAGACUGAACAAGCACCCUUUAAGGUUUCAGAGAAGUUUAAACAGGUUUAGAGGAGGUUGGCAAAGAUGAUCAAGGAAUGAGAAUCUAAGAUUUUUGAAGAGAGAUUGAAGAAGGUGGGUGUGAUCACCUUAAGAAAAUAUGGUUGAGGGGGAUAUAAUAACCUUGUUCAUAUACCUGAAAGGAUGUCACAUGGAAUUUUAAAUUUUUCUCAGUAAUUAUUUUUAUAUAUUACUGUUUUAUAGUUUUAUUGUUAUUGUUUAUUAACAAAAAUUGUUAUUUUUAAUGAGAUGGGUAGCUAUAUAAAUUUGAUGACUGAAGGAAGGAAGGAAUCAAGGAAUGAAUCAAGGAAUCAAUACUAGUUUGACAGUGGAACCAGUGAAAUGAGAGAUGAUGGGGCUCUCACCUGCUUGAAGUGUUCAUGCAAAGAGCUGUCUGCCUGAUAUGGUUUAAUUUGGAUUCCAGCACCAGGCAAGGAUUUGGACUUAAUAGCCUAAAUGGUUUCUUUAACUCUGUAAUUCUAAGUUCCAAAUUCUUCGCUGUCGGUCCAUAUUUUUAUGUAUCUUAUUCUAACUAUUACUUGGAACUGAAUUGCGUUUGGAUCGGCCUCAUGUUUCCUAAUCCCUUUGAUAAUACUCACAAAGAUAGAUAAAAUAUGUAUCGAUAAGCUUUCUUUAUACCAUAAUUUGUAUCUGGUUUAUUUUUAAGAGCUCAAAUUAUUAACAUUUGUAAUAUAUGCUCUUGCUUGUAAGAAUAUUACCAAGUUACUGAAUGUAAACUUUGCAAAUGAUAGAGGAAUUAUUACUUGAUUUUUAAAAAUAUAAAUAUAAAAUGUGCAAGCAUUUUUCCAUGUAAUUAUCUGAAGUUAUUGAAAGAAUAUAUUUGCAAAAGUAUCAAUAACCUUAUUUAGUAUAAUAGUCUGAUUUAGGGUGAUUACUAAGCUUCAAUUAUAUAUAUCAUAGAAUUAUGCAUUUGAUAUAAGAAUGUAGUUCCUUUUUAGUGCAUAUUCUUCCUUUAUUCUGCAGUAUAUGUUCUUGGUAUUACUAUCAGGAAAAUGUACUAUGGAACUUAAAGGUGAAAAAAAGGAUUCUCAAAUUCUGCUGUGCUCCCAUAAAAUGAUAAAUAACAUGAAACAUUUCAUAUAUGCAACUAUUUUAUUGAAGUUAGCCACAACUAGAACCUACUCACAAAACAUCUUCUAAACUGUUUUAACAAGCCGGGAGGGGCAUGUAUCUAAAGGUGGCUGAGCUCCCAGUCCCAAGAACCCUGUCCAUUUCUCAGGUCCAAGGAGUUCAAACUGUUCAUGUCAACUACAUUCAGCUACCUAAUGUUUAAGUAACAUUACAUAUCAAUAAUUUGGAUUCUCAGUCAACAACAUGGCAUUAUGUGAAUACAAAAGUAACCAUCCCUUUUCUUUUUCCUUUUUCCAUUUUGUUCAUUCAUUCAUGUAGUCUUCUUACCUUCCCAGUUAUAAUCUUCCAUAUGUGAUGAUCAUUACCAAAUGGGCUAUAGAUACUGACCUCUAUCACCCCUCUUGGCUUUGGUCAAUUGGAACUUUCACACAACCUUUUUAGUGAGAUGGAACAUCAGCCUUAGUUGUCCCCAAGCUGCAUGCAGCACUCCCUGACAAAGGAAAGGAGAAUAUAAGUCAGUUCUGAGACAUAGAGGCCGAGUGUGCUGUAAGUGCAAUAAAACCCCAGUUUUAUUUCAAGUAUGCUCACAUUAUUCUAUGGAAAUUGGAAUCCGAAGACUACCUUGCAAGGCAAUUUACUGUUGGCUGAUACGUUCCCAACUAGUAUACUAAGGAUUCAACAUGUUUUACAACCUUUGUCCAUUUUUAAGAUAUAAUUUUAAAAGAUUAACUUUUCCUAACACUGUUUUAGAAGCUAUCCAAGUAAAUUGAUCUUAAACUAAAGAUACCAGACAUCUGACACAAACAGGAUAUGUCAUCAUUUUUGUCUUCAUGCCCACUACCUGGUAGCCUUUGCUUUAAAAUCUAAUAUUUUUUUCCCGAAGGCCAUCACUCUGCUAAACAAAUAAUUCCCUCAACACUGUCAAACUAUUUACUAAAUCUGCACUACUAUUAAUCUUCUCAUCGUUCCCAUCACCAAUCUCUUUCCACUUAUGACUGUAUGACUGUAACUUUGUUGCUGGCAAUCCUUACGAUUUAUAUUGAUAUAUUGACCAUCAUUUGUGUUGUAAAUGUUGUACCUUGAUGAACGUAUCUUUUCUUUUAUGUACACUGAGAGCAUAUGCACCAAGACAAAUUCCUUGUGUGUCCAAUCACACUUGGCCAAUAAAAAAUUCUAUUCUUUUA